UUGAGAUAUGCUGAGAUAACUAUAAAAAAAGUUAUUUCAUUGUUUUAUUUGUAUUUGCGUUACAAAAAAUUGGGAGAACGCAAAAAUGAUCGUAAAAUAUGGGUACGGCCUAUUUUUACCGAGAGAAGAAGACUUCUGCAAGGUGCCAGCGACAAUUUACUUGUGGAGAUGCGAUUGACAGAUCCGGAAAAAUACUUCAACUACCUUAGAAUGUCACCAACAACCUUCAAUGAAUUACUUAAUAUUGUUGGACCACUAAUUGAAAAACAAAAUGUAGUUCGAAAAUCAAUACCGGCCAGAACGAGAUUAGAAGUGACUGUACGAUGGUUGGCAUCUGGCGACAGCAUGACAUCGUUAUCAUAUGCUUAUCGUAUUGCUCAAUGUACGCUAUCACAAAUUAUUCCGGAAACUUGUCAAGCAAUUUGGCUUUCCUUAAAGGAAAAAGUUAUGAUUGAUCCAACUGAAGAAAAUUGGAGUAUGAUUGCAGGCGAUUUUGAGACAACAUGCCAAUUUACCAAUUGUAUAGGCGCUAUCGAUGGGAAGCAUGUCGUUAUUCAGGCACCGCCUCGUAGUGGUUCAUGCUAUUACAACUAUAAAGGAAAUCAUAGCAUAAACCUGCUCGCAAUAAGUGAUGUCAAGAACCGCUUCACUAUUGUUGAUAUUGGAGCUGAAGGAAGGCACAGCGACGGAGGUGUUUUUGAUAGUAGCGGAUUACCGCAUUUACUUGAGACGAAUGCUCUCCAUAUUCCUCCACCUAGGCGUCUAAAUAAUAUGGAUUUUGAUUUUCCGUACGUUUUAUUGGGAGAUGAGGCCUUUCCUCUAAGCACAUAUAUGAUGCGACCAUAUCCUCGGAGUCGACGGCUGAAUAUCAACAGAAAAAUUUUUAACUAUCGCCUGAGUCGAGCAAGAAGAACAGUUGAAUGUGCUUUCGGGAUUUUGGUUGCAAGAUGGAGAAUAUAUCGUCAACCUAUUGUUGCACGCACAUCUACUGCCGUAAAAGCUGUACAAGCAACGGUUAUUUUGCAUAAUUUUAUUAUUAAUAAAGAACUGGACUUACCAUUUCCAGAAAGAAGAUACUGUAAUAUACAAGAAGAAGAGCGCAUUCUCUUGGCUACAAGUAAUGGACUUACAGCUGUAAGUUACAGAAAUGCUUCGCAAAAAUCUGCAGCAGUGAAAAUUCGAGAUAACUUUGCACAUUAUUUCGAGCAUGUCAAUCCUCUAUCGUGGCAGUGGGACAAAGUUUUAACUAACAACUUUUGAGACAUCAUGUAAUUUUAACGCACUUGUCAAUAAUUUUGUAAAAGUAUUUUUUAAAAGUAUAUAAUUCGAAAGUUUUUUACGACACAACAUUCGUACGUAGUCUUUUUAUAUAUUUUCAAAGUUUAAUAAUACAGAGUACUUCGUACAACAAUAU